GGCACCGGCGGACUGUUGUGCACACAGCCGGGCUUGGUGUCGUCAAUGGGAAGCGCGCGAGACAGUGGCAAAGCGAGUUACGGUCUAGAUUGCAAUCCGCGGCUGCACCAUGCUCUCCAGGUCCAUCCCGUGCGUGUGGAUUACAUUUUGCCUUCGUCUAUGCUGCUACGUGGACAGCGGGGAGGCGCAGAACGCGAAGGAAGUGAUUCUGCUGGACUCCAAGGCACAGCAGACAGAACUGGAGUGGAUCUCCUAUCCUCCCAACGGGUGGGAAGAAAUCAGCGGCUUGGAUGAGAACUACACACCCAUUCGCACAUACCAGGUUUGCCAAGUCAUGGAGCCCAAUCAGAACAACUGGCUUCGGACUAACUGGAUAGAGAAGGGCGAUGCUCAGAGAAUUUUUGUCGAACUGAAGUUCACCCUGAGGGAUUGUAACAGCCUACCCGGUGUGGUGGGCACUUGCAAGGAGACGUUCAACUUGUAUUACCAGGAGACAGAUUCGGAGGUGGGCAGGAGCUUACGGGAGAACCAGUACGUGAAAAUUGACACGAUUGCCGCAGACGAGAGCUUCACGCAGGGUGACCUGGGUGAGAGGAAGAUGAAGCUGAACACUGAGUUGCGCAUAAUCGGGCCCCUGUCCCGGCGGGGCUUCUACCUGGCCUUCCAGGACGUAGGGGCAUGCAUCGCCCUGGUGUCUGUCAAAGUUUAUUACAAGAAGUGUUGGUCUAUCAUCGAGAACCUGGCCACGUUCCCGGACACGGUGACAGGAUCAGAGUUUUCCUCGCUGGUGGAGGUCGAGGGCACGUGCGUGAACGACGCAGAGGAGGAGGCCGACAACUCUCCCAAGAUGCACUGCAGCGCUGAGGGGGAAUGGCUGGUGCCCAUUGGGAAAUGUAUAUGCAGAGCUGGAUUUCAUCAGAAGGGGGAUGCGUGUGAACCAUGCGGUCGGGGUUUCUACAAGUCUUCCUCCCAGGACCUUCAGUGCUCUCGCUGUCCGGCGCACAGCUUCAACGACCGCGAGGGCUCCUGGCGCUGCGACUGCGAGGACGGUUACUACCGAGCACUCUCUGACCCCCCGCCUGUGGCCUGCACAAGACCUCCCUCGGCGCCACAGAACCUGGUCUACAACAUCAACCAGACCAGCGUCAGCUUGGAGUGGGGCCCGCCGGCCGACACGGGCGGCCGCAACGAUGUCAGCUACAGGGUUAUAUGCCGGCGCUGCAGCUGGGAGCCCGAGGAGUGUGUUCCAUGUGGGCCGAACGUGGGAUACUCCCCCGCGCAGACAGGAUUAGUGGACACUUACGUGACCAUCAUGGACCUGCUCGCCCACGCCAACUACACUUUUGAGGUGGAGGCUGUCAAUGGGGUGUCGGACUUGAGCCGCACGCAGAGGCUGUUUGCGGCAGUGAGCAUUGCUACUGGUCAAGCAGCUCCAUCCCAGGUCAGCGAGGUCAUCAGGGAGAAAGUGCAACAGCGCAGCAUCCAGCUCUCCUGGCAGGAGCCGCAGCAACCCAACGGCGUCAUCACAGAAUACGAGAUCAAGUACUUUGAAAAGGAUCAGAAGGACCGGAUUUACUCCACGGUGAGGUCCAAGUCCACGUCGGCCACCGUGAACAACCUGAAGCCCAGCACGGCCUAUGUGUUCCAGAUCCGGGCGUUCACACAGGCAGGUUACGGGACCUACGGCCCCAUACUGGAGAUAACCACCAAAGAGGAGGCCACAGCUGCGAUUGUCUCCAGCGAGCAGAACCCUGUCAUCAUCAUAGCAGUGGUGGCCGUGGCGGGGACCAUCAUCCUGGUGUUCAUGGUGUUCGGCUUCAUCAUCGGGAGAAGGCACUGCGGGUACAGCAAAGCGGAUCAGGAGGGAGAUGAGGAGCUCUACUUCCAGUUCAAAUUUCCAGGCACCAAAACCUACAUUGACCCUGAAACAUACGAGGACCCAAACAGGGCUGUCCAUCAAUUUGCCAAGGAGCUGGACGCCUCCUGCAUUAAAAUCGAGCGGGUUAUUGGAGCAGGGGAGUUCGGGGAGGUGUGCAGUGGCCGGCUGAAGCUGCCCGGGAAGCGGGACGUGGCGGUCGCGAUCAAGACGUUGAAAGUGGGCUACACGGAGAAGCAGAGGCGGGACUUCCUCUGCGAGGCCAGCAUUAUGGGACAGUUCGACCAUCCCAAUGUCGUUCAUCUGGAGGGUGUCGUGACAAGAGGAAAACCAGUCAUGAUUGUCAUUGAGUACAUGGAGAAUGGCUCGUUAGACGGCUUCCUCAGGAAACAUGAUGGUCAGUUCACGGUCAUCCAGUUGGUGGGGAUGCUGCGGGGCAUCGCGGCGGGGAUGAGAUAUCUGGCGGAUAUGGGAUACGUCCAUCGAGACCUGGCGGCGCGAAACAUCCUCGUCAACAGCAAUCUCGUAUGCAAAGUGUCAGACUUUGGCCUGUCGAGGGUGAUCGACGAUGAUCCGGAGGCAGUCUACACAACAUCUGGGAAGAUGCAGGAUGUAAUGCAUUUGAUCUUUACUCCAGCCUCUGACCUGCGUUUUACUGAACAGGGGGGCAAAAUCCCUGUGCGGUGGACCGCGCCCGAGGCCAUCCAGUACCGCAAAUUCACCUCUGCGAGUGACGUGUGGAGUUACGGUAUUGUCAUGUGGGAGGUGAUGUCCUAUGGGGAACGGCCUUACUGGGACAUGUCCAAUCAAGAUGUCAUAAAAGCGAUAGAGGAGGGCUACCGUCUUCCUGCCCCCAUGGACUGUCCGCCGGGCCUGCAUCAGCUAAUGCUGGACUGCUGGCAGAAAGACAGAGCCGAACGUCCCAAAUUUGAUCAGAUAGUCGGCAUCCUCGACAAGAUGAUCCGCAAUCCGAACACGUUGAAAACCCCAGUGGGAACAUGUACAAGACCAAUUAGUCCACUGUUAGAUCAGAGCACACCAGACUUCACCGCCUUCCGCUCGGUGGGAGAGUGGCUGGAAGCCAUCAAGAUGGAGCGAUACCGAGACAACUUCACAGCAGCUGGCUACGGUUCCCUGGAAUCUGUGGCCAGGAUGUCAAUCGAGGACGUGAUGAGCUUGGGGAUCUCGCUGGUGGGCCAUCAGAAAAAGAUCAUGAGCAGCAUACAGACUAUGAGAGCCCAGAUGCUACAUCUCCAUGGCACUGGUGUCCAGGUGUGACUGGGACGGGCCACUUCAGGCGGGGGUGGAAGACGAAAGCAGAACUUAUCUGGAGCAGCGCCUGGGACGUUACCGGGAUUGUCAAAGUAAACAGACAUCUGUUAUGUCUGACUCUUCCGACUGUGUCCGGAGUGAAAUCAUUCCUUUGUUCCCCAGUGAAGGAUUGUGGUCCGCAUCUUCAGAGGGCACUAAAGAGAGGAAAAGGGCAACAACAGAAAAACCUGAAACAGCAACAAAAAAAGAAACUACCUGGACAUGACUUUUCUUUUCUUGUUUUUGUUGAAGAGGCGCUUACAAACUCAACCACAUAUCAAAUGGCACAUUGGAGAGGAUGUUUGACGCUUACGUUUCUUUAACUUGACGAAAGACUUAAGUGCACAUCAUGGCUUUGGGUUUCCUUUCAAAAAGAACAAAAAACACUUUGUCUACUCGCAACGCUCUCACUUCUUUGUUUUUUCUAAUUUGUUAAUUUUCUUUGUACCCGCGACAGUGACAUGUUGCUGCGCAUGCAGCAGCUCUUCUUGCUCUUCUAUCUGGACUUGACAACAGGGUAAACGUACCUUUUAUCCAAAAAGGUGGGAACUCUACAGGAGCGGAUCCCAAUGUGCAUUUCUGUGACAUGAGACGUGCCGGACUGUUUGAACGGUUUGCAGUGGCUUGUGUGUCCAUGCUAUCCUCCCACGCGUGUUCGCGGCCGACAGGAGAGCGUUUUUGGCGUGGUUUCAACCUUUCCGUUUUUUGUAUUAAGUGCAACACUUGGUGAGAACUGUUCUUUGUGUCACCAGACUCUUUUUUUUUUUUUUUCUUUUUUUUUAAUCAGAGUAGCAAUAUCCUUGGUCUUACAGGAAACACACGAACCCUGAGUUGGUUAUUGAGUAGAAUGUUUUAGCACUGUUAAAAGAUUGUAUUGAUAUUGAAGCCAACGCAUAUUGGUUUGCCAUCAUUUUGCCUAAAAUGUUGCACACAGGAGUUUUUAAGGGUGGAUCCAAGAAAGGUGUAGACGUAAUACUGCCUUAAAACAUGUUUGACUAGUCAUUGCCACUAUUUUAGGCAGUUGAAUGGCAAUGCUCUCUGCGUUUCAUUUUGUGGGUGGACAAGCUUCCUGUCGUUGUGUUUUGUUUUCUGUCUAUCUGGAACUUGAACUGGUAAAAAUCAAGUUCGCGAUCACGGUUUAAAAAGCCACGAGCGGCACAGUCAGCGCAGAAGAGAUGAACUAAACAGAGCAAUAAUUACCAGAUAGAAAUGGUCCUCAACUGAGAUUUUUUUUUUUUUUUAAGGUGCUAGGAAUAAACGCAUGUGAGUGCUGUGCUGAGAGAAACCCCUUUGGAAAGAUUCAGUCACCACUGGAAAGGAAAGGAAUGUACCUCUUUAACCUCAAAAACGGUUUUGGAACACGCUUAAAAAAACACUGCUGUGCCAAAUCAUCAAAUGGAAUGAUAACAUUGUAUUUUGCCACUAUGAUAUGCUAAAGGUUUGAAUCUAACAAGGUAUGGGAACGUGUAAGUGGGUGGUUGCAGGGACAAACGAUGCAACAUUUUGAGAAACACUAGAGAGGUGCCGAUCAGCCUCACUGAUGUCAUCUAAUCAAAGCCUCCAGGGUUCGGGCAUGAAAGUGCAGGGAACCUUUGUCACACGCAUAUCAGGCCGUGCAGCUGCCUUCGUUUAUUCAUGCAUCUCCACGGCUCAUCCCUCACAGGCAUAAAUGGAACAUGCAUUUAAGUGUCUCUUAAGAUUGCUCCUCUUUGCUUCCAUACGGCAGACGUAUAUGAAGAACAUGGAUGAGGGGGCUCUGCAGACGACAUCCUAGAAGCCAAUCAACCUAUUUGGUGCCAUCUGUCUCCACUUCAAAUGCAAAAAAAGAGCACGUUUCCAUGUCAAAGUAUGUUGUAUUGCAGUUUCUUUUUUUUAAAUGUUAUUCAGCUGUGAGGAGCGGUGUCACAGAAGAGACUCAUUAGAACGUCUUUUACUGCUGCUGCAUCCUGCAUAAUAAUUUUCUUAAAGUUUUGCAGUGAUGCAUUAAAAAAAAAAAAAAAAAAACAUCAGUAGAUUCACACUUAGCCUCACACUCCAGAGUGGGUGAAGCUGAAAACAUCUGCAAAAAACAGCAAAUAUUUUUGAACACACCACAUAACUAAUUAUCAAAAUAGUUGCCGGUAAAUUGCAGGUUCGUCAACUUGCUGUGUUGUUUGACAACACAGACAGAAACAUAUGAAGCUUGAAACUGUAAACUUGAGUAAGACAAUAUAAAAAGUAAUAAUUAGCUAACCACUUUUCUCCCCCUGAAACUAAGAUGGCAUCAUCUCUGGUUGUGUCACGGUUUCUCAGCUGAAAUGUGGUUUCCAAUUGAACAAAAUGGGAAGCUAUUCAAACAAUUUACCCACAAUGCCAAAAAUCACCUGAAGGUCGUAGAGACUUUAUUCUUUUAGAAACACAAUGGGACACGAUCAAAUCUCACAACUCCUUAACUAUUUGUUCAGGUCACAGAUUGGUUAGAAUCUGGAUUCAAGACAUUUUGGGAAGUUUUGAAAUCUAUCAAAUUCAGGAUGAAGUAACAAUAAAUGUUUUUUUUAUCAUAAUGUAUACUGUACAAUAUAUCCUAGCUUCAAACUUCAUGAAAAUCUCAGAGAGCAUCUCUUAGUUUUUUAGUGGUUGUGUGAUAAUCCCUUAAGCCUUUUUUAAGUGUGGACUAAACAUAUUGGUGAAUGUCAUGUGGUGAAAACAAUAUAUGGCUGCAGAGUGGGUAUUGUUAGGGUUACGGUGCUGACUGAACCACCACAGUGAAUCACAGUGUCGUACAGGUUAUUAACUCUCUUUGACUUCAGUGCAGUACUUUAAUGACUGCAUGUAGAACUCAGUUAAUGUUUUGUGUCCAUUGCUCUCAGUGCAAACUGUCCUGUUCAGUGACCUGGACACUUCGGUUUGAAUCCAGCUCUGAGGCUUCACUGUGUGUGUGUGUGUGUGUGUGUGUGUUUGCGUAUCUUCCUCUUGUCAUAUGAUGUGCGUAUGUCAAACACUUUGCUUAUGUAAAAUGCUUGAAUCUGUUCAUAGGAGUGUUCCAUCAUGGCAGCACUGAGCAGAAACCAUAAUCAAAAUGGAACCCACAAAAAAAAACAACAACACAAUUCUCUCGUUCAGAUGUUUGAAGAACAUAAAUGACCUAAACACCCUGGGAUGCACAACUGUAGAUUUCAAACACUGCUCUCUAGGAAUUAUCCAGCCUAUCGCGGAUAUAAGUCUAGUAACUCAGAGCUCCCCGGGCACACACUCACAAACACACACACACAUACACACACACACACGCUCCCUUUAUCCAUACAGCAGAGCUCAGCAAUUGGGUCUUAGCCAGACCUUUGAAUUGAAUAGCGGCAUAAAGUCAUUCAGUCAGCACAAAAAUCCCCAGUUCACAGGCAGCAUUCUGUCUCACCACCCCACCCCAUCCCAGCUCUGAUUUUCAAACCAGGCCCCUGGAGGCCUCGCACACCCUAAGGUAUAAUGCCUCCACCUCCUAAAUUGAGAUUAAAUCGAUUCAUCUUCAAAAUCACCUGGAACCUUCAGCAGCGAAGUCACUCUACUGUCUGUUUCAGCCUGUUUCAUCCACGUUCUGGACUUGAGCUUACUCAGCUCUGGACAACAAAAAGGUUUUGCUGUGGCUCUAUUUCAGCAUACAAAUUAAAAAAAAAAAAAAAAUUAAAACACAAAAAGCAAAAUAAAAAAAGACAAAAACCAAGAACCUGCAGGAUGUAGAGGGUUGGUUGGAAUCAGGAAAAGUGGAUAGAGUAUGAAGUUAUUUUUUUCAAACCUUGUGGUACAGCAGUUGGAAAUGAGUUCCACCGCUUCGGCGAGGUGGUGGAUAGUUCCAAAGAGCGCAGCACUGUUGAUUGUGUCAGAACGAGACGAGACUUGAGGGAAUCUUUGUAUAUGUUCUAAUUGUAAAACUUGUACAUUUUAUUUAUAUUGGGUUUUUUUUUUUUACACAUAUUACUCAGUAGAGAGCUCUGAAUACAUUGAAAAUGCACUAUAUUUUUAUAUCUCGCAGAUGAAUUAUUGUCUCCCACAAGAUUUCAGUUGUACAUUAUUUCUCAUUUAGGACCAAAGACAGUUGAUAGGAUCUCCCAUCUUUACUUUGACUUUGUCUUCACUCUGCCUUUUAGUUUGUUGUACAGUAAUACAAAUUGUCAAUGUAUUAUUUAUUUUUCUGUGAUGAAAGUAUUGAGAAUAUUCACUGGUCAAAAGUAUUUUCCCCCCGACAGAAGAAGAUCAUUUAAUUAGACAAUUUCUUGUUACAUAGACAAUUCUUUUUGCUUUGUAACCUUUGUAAUAGACUGUACAUAUAUUUUUGGAAAUAUAAUACAAUCUCUAUAGAA